GGCAAGCAGUUUAGAACCAAACUCGAACGCGACACCAUGUAUUUGCUUGUGAACUUCAUCGUAGCGCUGGCCGUGCUGCAGGUGCAGGCAGGCUCCUCCUACAUACCAGACUCGGAUCGGAACACCCGCACCCUUCAGAACGAUCUGCAGGUGGAGCGGGAUGGCAACUACCGGUACGCCUACGAGACCUCCAACGGCAUUUCCGCCUCGCAGCAGGGAUUGGGCGGCGUGUCCGUUCAGGGCGGCAGCAGUUACACCUCACCCGAGGGCGAAGUCAUCAGCGUGAACUAUGUGGCCGAUGAGUUUGGCUACCAUCCCGUGGGCGCGCACAUACCCCAGGUGCCGGACUACAUACUGCGCGCCCUGGAGUACAUUAGAACGCAUCCCUACCAGAUCAAGGACUACUACACCGGCGAGCUGAAGACCGUGGAGCACGAUGCGGCCGCCUUCAAUGUGUACACCCGCAACAUCCAGGAUCCCACAACGCCCAGAUCCCGACCGAGCACCACACCCAAGACCAUAUACCUCACCCAUCCGCCCACGACCACGUUGCGACCUCUGCGCCAAAGACGAGGUGCUCCGACGCACUGAAUGAUCGAUGGUCGAGCCUCAUUGGCGGGGAAAGGGGCUGGUCUCUUGGGCAUCCAGCGGGCGAAUCUGUGAAUUUUGAUCUAAACCAUUAAUUAAGCCACGAACAAUAAAUAGAAGUGCUAAGCAAACAUAAGCUAAAGUGUAAAACGACAACAGCGAGUUGCUAUUGUUACCCGAUCUGUCAUCUGUCGACUUGUCUGCUGGAUCAUGGAUCACAUCGUGGAUCGACAUAAACAGUUUUGGGUAUUUGAUUCUGUUUAUGGAACGACGAUCAAUUCGAUUCCAAAGAAGUCAAUAGCAAGCAUUAUGCCAAGAAAAUUUAUUAAUUAAUAGCGAAUUUAACAAUCCGAGGAAUCUUAUUAAGCUGUCGAUCCCAAAUACUUGCUACUUAAAAUUUCCAUACCUAAAAACGAGCCAAAUAACACCUGCCGUCCGCGAUAUAAAGCCUACAAAUGAUAGGAUCGUAAAAGUCACAUUUGAAAGAAACAAUUUGAAGGAACAAGAAGCGGAAAGCCCCAAUUUAAAGGUAAUUUUUGUAUAAUCUACGGAGAAGA